AUGAUGGAAGCUAGAAUCUUAGAAGGCUAUGGCUUCUCUCUGCUUUGCUCUGUGGUUUUCAAGGCCAGGAAUGCUGGAGCGCUGCCAGGGGCGGAAUGCCUCAUGGAUGGCAUCCUAGAGGAUGCUGGGAUGGUCUUCCAUGGCGAGGCCAUCGUGCAUGAGGAUCCCGAGCGUGAGCUCGACGACUCCUGGCUGGAAGAGGAGCUCCUCGGCUUCGGGGCUUCAGAGAUGGAGGCACUUAGCGAGCAGCAAGCCCUUCUGGGUAGUCUUCUGGAGAUUCCAGAUCCAGACAGCGAGGGCAGUAAUAGCCAGUCCCGGCGCGAUCUUGCCGACUUCUCUGUGGAG